AUGGCGGAUGAGAAUGAGACAGCACCGAUGCCGGAGAAAGAAGAUGUAGAGGACCACGGACACUGCAGCGACUGUGAAAAUGAAGAGCACCACUUUGAUGAUGGUGACAGGGGUCUGGGUGACGACACUGGUGCCAAGAAGAAGAAAAAGAAGCAGAAAAAGAAGAAGAAAUCUGGUGCCACAGAAGCAGUUCAGGACCCCCUUGCCAAGGUGAAUUCAUUGCCAGCUGACAAGCUACAGGAGAUCCAAAAGGCCAUUGAACUGUUCUCUGUAGGCCAAGGCCCUGCCAAAACCAUGGAGGAGGCAACUCGGAGGAGUUACCAGUUCUGGGACACGCAGCCUGUGCCCAAGCUUGGGGAGACUGUGACAUCACAUGGCUCCAUUGAACCUGACAAAGACAACAUUCGUGAGGAGCCCUACAGCCUCCCACAGGGCUUCAGCUGGGACACCCUCGACUUGGGGAACCCUGCUGUGCUCAAGGAGCUUUACACGCUUCUCAAUGAGAACUAUGUGGAAGAUGACGACAACAUGUUCCGCUUUGACUACUCCCCCGAGUUCCUGCUCUGGGCCCUGCGGCCCCCUGGCUGGCUGCCCCAGUGGCAUUGUGGAGUGAGGGUGAACUCCAACCAGAAACUGGUGGGCUUCAUCAGUGCCAUUCCUGCUGCCAUCCAUAUCUACGACAUAGAAAAGAAGAUGGUUGAGAUCAAUUUCCUCUGCGUCCACAAGAAGCUUCGCUCCAAACGAGUUGCUCCGGUUCUGAUACGAGAAAUCACCAGAAGGGUCAACCUGCAGGGUAUCUUUCAGGCGGUCUACACUGCUGGAGUGGUGCUGCCCAAACCUGUGGGCACAUGCAGGUACUGGCAUCGCUCUUUGAACCCACGCAAACUCAUCGAGGUGAAGUUCUCCCACCUGAGCAGGAACAUGACUAUGCAGCGCACCAUGAAGUUGUACCGCCUGCCUGAGGCUCCUAAGACUCAAGGUCUGCGGCCGAUGACCAAGAAGGAUGUGCCGGUUGUGCAUCGCCUCCUCCGUGAGUACCUGAGCCAAUUCAACCUGGUGCCUGCCAUGAACCAGGAAGAGGUAGAACACUGGCUGCUGCCCCGGGAGAACAUUAUCGACACUUACCUGGUGGAGAACGAUGGAAAAGUGACUGAUUUCCUGAGUUUCUACACACUGCCCUCUACCAUUAUGAACCACCCUGUGCACCGCAGCCUAAAAGCAGCAUACUCCUUCUACAACGUGCACACCACCACCCCCUUGCUCGACCUGAUGUCCGAUGCCCUCAUCCUGGCUAAAUCGAAAGGGUUUGAUGUCUUCAAUGCACUGGAUCUAAUGGAAAACAAGACUUUCUUGGAGAAGCUCAAGUUCGGCAUUGGUGAUGGGAAUCUACAGUAUUAUCUGUACAAUUGGAAGUGUCCCAGCAUGGGAUCAGAAAAGGUUGGUUUGGUGCUGCAGUGACAUCCCUUUACGCCAUAAACAAGUGUCACCGACAGGCCAGGAGAGACCGCACCAUCGCACUGACCACCUGACAGAUGGACUGAUGACUUCCUGCUUCAGGAAAGGAAAACCCACCGCCCAUUUUUACUUUUUGACCUUUUGAACUUUGACCUGCACUACCGCUGCCAGGCGAGGAGGCAGGGAGAGUCUUGCUGCUCUUCCUCCUCCCUCGAUCACAUGGACCUUAAGCCAUUGUAGUUACCAUCCCAAACAACUGUAUUUCAUCUGAGAGCUGUCUUGAUUGUACCAAACACACAUACACACAAGAACAGUUUGCACAGAUCACCGCAUACCAAACGCUCACUGUUGGCAUACCGACGAAACGUACAAUACAUGUAAAUAAUAUCAAACAUUACUGCGGAUUAUUCCCUAACACACACAGACUAGAACCUACUCUUUUAUUUUAUUCAUAAAUGUUGGAAGUGCUUUUUGCAGUUAAGAUACAUCUGUCAUCCUUCAGUUUUAGAGAUAAAAAUAAAAAAAAUCAAAUAAUCAAAAAAAUAUUUUAAAGAGGAAAAGGCUCAAAAGGGUGAGGUAAUAAAUACCAAAAGUGGACACCAGAUAAGGGCUUCUGUUAAGAUUUUUCUUGUCAUGCUUGACCCUUUCUUUUUUUUUUUCUCCUCCAACCCUCUGUUCUGCCCGUCAGUAUGGAGUCAAUUCAGCACUGCUUCGAAAAGCUGUUUAUGCCACAGCUGCUGUUUGUCUUCUGGAGUUCUUCUCGUCUGUAGUAACAUUCAUGACCCUCCUCCUCCAGCUUCCCCCACUAACAGAAGAAGCCCCGAAAAACACAGACUGGUAACAAUGGACCAGCUCAGUCGGGGGAAAAAAAAAAAUCAUCAGAGUCAUUGUGGUCGAGGCUGGUCGGC